AUGAGGGUGUGGGCGACCCGAGUCUCCUUGCCUUGCUUCCUCAUAUUCCCAGGCUACCUUCCAGCAUCCUCGCCAAAAGCUGUGCUCGGUUCUGUUCCAGAAAAGCAUCUUGAGGAAGAGGAUGAAGUUGACUCCGUUCUCCUUUCAGCAUCCAAGAUCCUGAAUUUCUCUGAGGGAGUAAAGGAGAGUGAAGUCAGGGAAACAGAACAUGGCUGUGUAACAGAACGAGAAAAUCAAAUCCAACCACAGUCAGCACUGAAAGUCCUUCAGCAUCAGCUGCAGUCAUUUCAGGCUCUGCGGAUGCAGACUCUACAGAACGUUAGCAUGGUACAGUCUGAAAUCAGUGAAAUAUUGAACAAAAGUAUUGUUGAAGUAGAAAACCCACAAUUUAACUCGGAAAAAAAUCUACUAUUCAGCAUGCACCCUGAAAAGGAUUUGCCUAAUGAGAAGCAAGAAGAAAUACUUUCUAUCAAGAAAUGUCAUCAUUUUGAGGACCCUAAAACUCUUCACUCAAUGGAAAAAAAUUUUAGUAGUAAUAAUGGCAGCGGUCUCUCUCAAAGCAUAAAUAUCCCAGUCCAAAUACAGGUUGAAGACAUGUUAGCUCUGGAGAGCUUGAGAACUUCGGCAAGUAACUCACCUCCCAACAAAGCUGUGGGUGCUUCAGACCAACCUAGCACCAUGAAGAGUCUCAGUCUUCAUCCGUUUCCACCUCCCUUUCCUCAGACUGUAGCACCUCAAGCUAUGCCUGUGACUCUGGAUAAAUCCACAAUCACCAUGCCUCUUCUGAAGCAUGAAUUUCAUGAAAACUUGGACGAUAUCUGCCAUUCCAUUAAACACAUGAAAGAAGAGCUUCAAAAGUCAAAUGACAGGGAGCUGGCACUUACAAACGAACUUCACACUUUCCAGGCUGACGCAAAUACGCAAAGUCAUGAUAAAUAUGAGCUGUUUCCCAUUCAUAGCUCAAAACUUAACUGUAUUCAGGAAGCAAGCAUGGAAGGUAACUUAAGUGAAGACAUCAAAUCAAAGAGAAUUUCUGAAUUAGAGGCUUUAGUGAGCAAAUUACUCCCACUCAGGGAAACGGUGUCAAAAUUGCAUGUGAGUUUUUGUAGGAAAUGUAGAAAAUUAUCUAAGAGUGAAAUAUGCAGAGGGAAAAGGAAUGAGAAAAAUAAAGACAUCCCUAUCACCAGCAAGAACAUUAUGGACCUAAAAUUCCACUCCCGAGCCCCAAGGCACACUCUGUCAAUCCUUGACCCAGUGAAACAUGAAACAAAAGACAAAGAGCAGCAACCAUUUGUAGUACACCAAGGGUCAAUAACAUUUGAAAAUGAGAAGGCACCUAAAGCCACGUGUGUCACUGAGCAAUGUGUUGCCAAAAUUCAUUACCUACAGAAUUACCUGAAAGAAUCCAUGCAGAGCCAGAAAAGAGUGACAGAACUAGAGAAUGAAAACCUGGCCCUUAGAACCAAAAUGAAGCCCCUCAUCUUCACCACACAAUCCCUGAUACAGAAGAUUGAAACAUAUGAAAAGCAACUGAAGUCUCUGGUUGAAGAAAAGAACACUCUCCAGUCAAAGUUAACCAAAGCAGCAGAAGAAAACAAUGACUGCCUCAGGCAACUGAAGAAGAUUGUCAGCACCUAUAACAUCCUCCAAGGCCAACAUAAAAUGCUAGAGGAAAAAACCAGUCAACUUUCCUUGGAAAAUCAACAGAUGAUUGAAACGGUAGACCACCUAAAAGGUAGGGACCACAAGUCCCAAAAUGAAAUGGCCGUUCUCAAAAAUGAAAACAACAGAAUGAAUAUCGAAAUAGAGGCGAUGAAAACAAGCAUGCUGUUGCUACAAGAUGAAAGGGACAUGCUAGAGAAAAACAUGUACCAACUCCUGAAAGACAAAGGCUCGCUGGAGAGCGACCUAAAUGCGAGCAAGCUAGAGAUGCUACAGCUAACAGAAAAGGAGAGAGAGGCGGAAGCCCAGCAGCAAUCCCUCCUGAACAUACUCGAAGCAGCUAAAACCGAAAAACUUAAUCUCGAGGCAACGUUACAAGAAUCGGCGUCUGCCAGGCAGACGUUGGAAAGAGAACUGGAGGCCAUUCAAACCUACCAGUCGGCCGCGGAAGAUAAUUUCCGGAAAGAAAUCAAAAGUGCAAAAUCGGAGGCGAGCAUUUACAAAAACAACUUGGAGGAGAUAAGCAAGGAAUGUGAGGUGUUAUCCAAAAUGGUCAUGGAGAUCAAGAUGGAUAACCAGAUCCUGAAAGAGGAGCUUAAGAAACACAGCCAAGAAAACACCAAGUUUGAAAACAGCAUCAGUCGGCUCACAGAAGACAAGGUGCUUCUGGAAAACUAUGUGCGGAGCAUAGAAAACGAGAGAGAUACCUUGGAAUUUGAGAUGCGGAACCUUCAGCGAGGGUAUCUGAGUUUAAGUGACAAAGUCUCCAGUCACAACAACAGUCAAUCGAAGUCAGCUUAUAUUUCCAGAAGAGAGAAAUUCUACUUUGACAACUACGAUGCCUAUGAAGACGCUUCCAAUCCUAGGAGUAGGCAUUUGGUUCCUGAUUUGAAAGGAAUUCCACAUAAACUGUAUCAACGGCUUCCAUCCAAGAUAUGUAAAUAAAUUUCAAAAGAAAU